GUGUGCAGCUGGGCUUUAUUCUUUGAAGCACAUAUAAGGCUUGUGGAAAGUAUUGGAUCCCACUUCAGAAAUUGAAAUCUUUUCUCUACAAGGCAGAUUCAGGGUCUGUAGACUGAGUUAUUUGGAAAGAAAAUGAAGAGUACUGCCAGGCCUUGGAGUGCAAUGGCAAAGCAAGGGAGUCACGGGAUUGACAGAGGGAAACCGCUUCCCACCACCACGACAGGAAUGAAGACAUCAAAGUCUUCAACUUCGCUUGCCUUUGAAUCUCGACUCAGCAAGCUGAAGAGGGCGAGCAGUGAUGACAUGCUUACCAAACCUGGGGCAGCAGCAGCAGGAGUCUCCAGGCUGAGGAAGACCAUUACAACAGGAGCAAUUUCUGAGCUUGCUGAGAGUCGACUGAAGCCCAGCACAGGAACAGUUUCAGCUGCAAAGCGCACAGGGAUUCCAGCACCCCGGGAAAUAUCAUCAUCUGUAUCCAGAGAGAGAGCUGUAUUGCGUGGUCAAGCCAACACUAGAAAAACACCACCCAGCCCCACCUCUUCUGGUACACCAACUCCUACCAAACACGUGCGCCCCGCUAGCAAGUCCAAGCAAGAGAAUGAAACCGGUGACAGAGCUGUUCUGGAAUCUCAGGUUAAAGAACUCCUGGCAGAAGCAAAGACAAAAGAUUCUGAAAUAACCAAACUCCGUUGUGAAUUGAAAAAAUGCAAAGAGAAAGGGUCACUUAAUGCUGAAGGAAUGGGUGCUUCCAACCAAACUUUAGAACCAGUCUCGCCUGUUGACAUAGACCCGUUAAUACGGACCCUUCAGGAAAAAAACAGGACUUUUCAAAAAGAACUCGCUAGCCUGGGAGAAGAAAAUCGUGUUUUGAAGGAGAAAUUGCUUUAUCUAGAGAACUCUCCUCUCUCAGACACAACAACAAGCAGUGGAGGUGACAGCAGCCUCCCAACCCCAACUACCCAAGAAUCCAGUUUUGGAAGCCCAUCAAAAACUGUGUCGAGAGGGGCCAUGGAUGAGCACAGGCAGCACGGGAAUGGGGGUGCACUGCGCAACUCAGGUUCUUCCAGCAGUGAUGUAACAAAAGCUUCCUUGUCACCUGAUGCAUCUGAUUUUGAACAUAUAGCAGAUGUACCUUCCAGGCCAACAUCCUCCAACAGCAACCAGUUGAAAGGUUCCAAAUGCUCCACUACAGGAAGUUCUCCUAACAAUAUUAGUGACAUUUCUGUUGCGUCUCUUACAGAGAGAAUACAAAAAAUGGAGGAGAAUCACCACAGCACAGCAGAAGAAUUACAAGCCACUUUGCAGGAGCUGUCAGAUCAGCAGCAAAUGGUGCAGGAGCUGACAACAGAAAAUGAGAAGCUGGUGGAAGAGAAGGCUCUUCUCGAGACUUCCUUUCAUCAACACAGAGAUAGAGCAGAACAGCUGAGCCAGGAAAAUGAGAAGCUAAUGACUCUUCUCCAAGAGCGAUCCAAGAAUGAAGAGCGAGCUCAGGAGGCAAAAGUCCUUGAACUGGAACAGAAAUGUGCAGAAGUUCUUGAAAAAGCACAAUUUGAAAGAGAGAAAUUGCUAAACAUUCAACAACAGUUAACCAGCAGCCUACGGAGCUUAGAAAGGGCACAUCAAGAUUCCCAGCAGGUGGUUAAAAGCCUGAGAGAAGAAAAUGAGAAGCUGCUUAAACUUCUAGAAGUGGAACAGCAGAGCAACAGCACAGUGACAAAAACUCUGGAGGACUGUAAAAUUGCCUUAGAGGGUCUAAAAAUUGAGAAUGCCUCUCUCAAAACUCAGUUAGAGAGUGAGAAACAAAAGGCCGCAGAAAUCAAUGCGAUGGGAUGUACUACUGACAACUCUGAGGUGCAAGAGAUGCUGAAAGUAGCCCAUGCAGAAAAGGAUCAGUUAGAAGCAUCUUGCACUGAGCUUAAACAAGAGCUGCUGAAGGCAAACAGUGAACUGAAGCACGUUCAGGGUCUGCUAUCUAAGGCUGAGAAUGAAUGUGGUCAGCUGAAGGAGAUGUAUGACCGGCAAGCUGAGCAACUGAGCAGAACCAGCCAGAAGCUGCAGGAAAAAACAUCAGAGAAUGAAGCAGAUAUAAAAAACCUGAAAGAGACCAUUUUUGAAUUGGAGGACCAGGUGGAACAACAUCGUGCAAUAAAACUUCACAAUAACCAGCUCAUCAGUGACCUAGAAAGUAAAGCAAUGAAGCUGGAAGAACAAAAACAAGGUACAGAGAGGCAGCUGAAGGCUUUGACUAAACAAAUGAAGGAAGAUGCAGAAGAGUGGAGACGUUUUCAAGCUGAUCUACAGACUGCAGUGGUUGUAGCCAAUGAUAUUAAGUGUGAAGCCCAACAGGAGCUCCGUGUGGUAAAGAGGAAGCUUCAGGAGGAAGAGGAGAAGAGUGCCAGACUGCAGAAGGAGCUGGAUGAAGUGAAGGGCAGCAACAGGCUGAUGGCUGAAGAGGUAGAAUCUCUAGAGGCAGAUACACCCAACCGCUGGCAAGGAGUCUGCAUUAGCAGAGCAUCUCCCACACCGUCAGAAUCUGCAGCCACUGUGAAGUCACUGAUAAAAUCAUUUGACUUAGGAUGCUCAGGUACUACUGGACAAAAUAUCACAGUUCAAAAAGUCCCCAGGAGCCCUCUGAGUGGAAUCCCAGUGAGGACAGCCCCAGCAGCUGCUGUUUCCCCCAUGCAGAGACAUUCUGUUUAUAAUAAUGCUAAUCAUGCCAAGCCAGCCAGCAAGGGGGUUACCAGACACACAGAUCUUUCAGACCUUCCUCUUGCAGACCUUCUGAAGGGGAGAAAUGAAGAGCUGAAACCAGACCAUUACCUCCGUAAAAGCCCCUCCCUGGAAUCCCUGAGCAAACCUCCAAUGGCCUUCAGCAGCAGAAUGCUUACCUCUGCCCCCAGCAGCUUGAAACCCCAAAGCAAACUCAGUGUGGAGAGAAAGGACCCAUUGGCAGCUCUGGCUCGAGAGUAUGGUGGUUCAAAGAGGAAUGCUCUGUUGAAAUGGUGCCAAAAGAAGACUGAAGGUUACCAGAAUAUUGAUAUUACCAACUUUAGCAGCAGCUGGAGUGAUGGGCUGGCCUUCUGUGCUCUGCUGCAUACAUACUUACCUGCACAUAUUCCUUACCAGGAGCUCAACAGCCAAGAUAAAAAGAGAAAUCUGCUGUUAGCAUUUCAAGCUGCUGAAAGUGUGGGCAUCAAACCCAGCCUGGAACUCAGUGAGAUGAUGUACACAGACCGGCCUGACUGGCAGAGUGUGAUGCAGUACGUCGCCCAGAUUUACAAGUACUUUGAGACCUGAGAUGCAGAGCAAGAGGUGGACAGAACUGGGGAAGAGAACAAAGAAAUGCUACAGAUGCACUUGAUCACUUUAAAAGUCCGCUUGCUCCUCUUCCACAACCAACCUAAGCUCUUAGUUUGAAAGAAAGCUCUUUCAUAAUUUUUCUUACAUCUGAAACCACAACCAAAUAAAUAUCCAUUGUCCAUCCAUACAAACCAAAUUCAUCUGUAACUUUAUUGUCAGGUGAAAAUUGCAAAGCAUUUUUGGACACAUGUGGAAUAUUUCUGAAGAGGAUCCUGUGUGCUAAACAAUUUCUGCCUUGAACCAAACUCCACCACCAGGAGACCUGCUACAAAAUGGAGUUGUAAAUCAAUAAGGACUGUGCUGGCACUCAAGGGGGGCUGGGAGAUUAAUAUUAAUACAGAAGCUCACAAAAAUGCUCUUUUUGCCAAAACACACUAAACUCAUCCCAAAUGCUUGUUGUUUUGUUGCCUCCAUAUAUUUUAUAAAGCAUCAUGACAGAUGCACUGAGGUGUGUGUAACUUUCACCUGAGUUGCUCUCAUGCAUCUGACCCAAGAAUGUACUAGGUUGCUUGUCAUAGCUUAAGCAACAACAUAACAGGAUCAUUUGUAACUCAGAAACCACAUUCUGUUCCAUCACCAGUUAGUGGAAGAACUCUAAAAGAUCCUGUUAGGUGCUGGGACAUCAUUUCAGAUUAAACAGAAGUAAUCCCUUUGAGGGAAAAAUAGGUUGUUUAUUUCAGCUUUGUUACUUGGUUACUGUGGGAAGCCAGAGCUCAGUUUCCCAGCUGACUGUGCAGGCACAGUUAUCAUAAGAAUAUCACAAAAGCAAUGUACUGGUUUUAGUUUGCAAGGUGCCAGUAAUCAGGUGAUGAGUCUCUAAGCAAUACAGUGACAUCUCAGUAGCUGAUAUUUUUGUGGAGUGGGGUAACUUUUUCCUUCUGUGUUGAUCCUGUGUAAUCAACACAGAUGUGUAAUUGCUGUGUAGAGGCAUGAAUCCUGAGACAACCUGUGCCUGUCCAACAAAAUGUAGUCCACAGGGCACUGUUAGAUGCUUGGAAGUGAUGUUACCCUGUGAAGGAACACAGUAAUGUAUUAGUACCAAUGGCAGUUGCAUCUUCACUCCACAAGUUACCAAGAAUGUAACUGGAACCUCUCUCUGUGUCAUGGAAAUCUCUAAGGCGCCAGAGAAAAGCUUUCCAGCUCAAUAAUACUGUUAGUAAAAUGUCUGAAAGAUACUGUUUAAUUUCCACUAUUCCAUUUCUCUUAUUUCACAUCAUGAAGUUACAUUUUCCAUUUGUCUCCAAGGAUAGCAGGAUCAAACAGGCUGCUUAAUUUGUUCUAGGAGAGCAUACGUUGUCCAGGACCUCACAGAGGGCUGCUAGUUGCUUUAGAUGAAGCUGGUAGAAGAAAGUUGUUUAGUUAGCAUGUGUAACCCUGUGACCAGGCUUGAUGUUUUGUGAAUGUUCAUCAUGGGGAGCUAGGGAUCAUUUCUUACAAAACAUAAUAGUGUGUGCUCACUGCCCUUCACUCCUGAAGAACACUUGUGAAAUAGAAACAAGCAAUUGCACAGAAGAAACUUGGUGUCAGGCUUUCUGGGGCUUUGCAGGUGGCUGAUCACAGCCUCUGGCUUCCCCACGGUGCUUUGUUGUUUAAUAAACAACCUAUUUCAGACUUUGAUUUUUCUCUCAGCAAAAUACAGGAUGAAGGGAUAGAUGACAGUGGCCAGAUCAGUGAGUGUACUGAACAAGAAGGGAGGCAGCAUAUGCCUGUUUUACAGGGGGAGAGGGACAUCACUUGCUCUUAGUUUUAGUCUGACAGUGAUUUUAAUCCAUUGGCCUCAGGAAAGCCUGAUUCCAAUCUUCUGCAAGCCUGUGUGAUAAAGAAGGACAGUGGCAUGCACUUACAGUGCCCUUGCACUCUGUGUCAUCCUAUACUGUGAGAAAGCAGUUGUAAAUGCUGGCCAGAGUUAUUUCUUUACAAGAGAGCUUUUCCUCGAUUGAAUUCACUCUCCAGUGUUUUUUAGCAUACGCUCUGCCAUCCCUAGAGAACGUAGGAUGAGCUGCUCUAAGUGUUCUCAGAUACAAGUCUCCUGUUAUGUGGUAAGAUGGAAGAGGAAAAUAGCUGCUAAGUUCAUGGAGGAAGGCUGUCAGGCUGCAUUGCCUUGUGGAUGCAGCAGGCUCUGUUCCCUUGGGGAACCCACUGGCAGAGAUCCCAACUCUCCCCAGUGGGCAAGAACUCAAAGCAUAGAGAAGCCAAAGCAGCAAAUUCCAUAUUCCUCAGUGGGCUUUGGAUCGGGCACUUGCAGGGAUGAACGGGACUGUUUUAAUUCCCACUGUCUACUUUCAAAGUCUGAGGGCUCCACUCCAUCUAAGAAAGAGAUAAUCUUAACCCUCUGAUCACUGUAAGUGUGUGUUCCAUGUGACUGUCAGAUGGACACCCAGUAACUUUGUUAUCUAAUGUCAGUAGCUUCAAGUGCUGUUCUGACAUUUGCUCUAAUCUGUUUUCUCUGAGACUUAUUCUAACUUAAACCAUUUGGUCUGAUCUAAAUGAUUUUUGCAAGGCAAUGUUUCAGUCAUCUCCUUGCAGCUUAUUCUCCCAUGCCCUCUGGUAGCACAGACCAAACACUAAUUCUGCACAGUUCUAAUGGUAUAUUCUUAAAAUGUUUUUGUUUACCUCAGAGUUGGAGCAAGUUGCUGUCUGGCAGUAGGAAAGAAGAUACUCAGUUUUACCAUUUUCUCCAUGUUACUUUGCGGUCCUCAAACCUGCAGAACAUCUCAUUUUGACAUGCAGGUACUUUGAGGUUGUUUUUCAAGGUGAAUACUGUUUGUUUGUUGAUUUCACUGUUACAGUGUGGUGUAUUUUUUCUUCCCUUUGGACCUUGCACAAUUCCAUGGCUAGAGCUGGACUUUCAGAAAUUACUGUUGUUUUUUCAUACUGCCUUAACAUUUGAGUAUGAAUUUAGUUUUUCCUACAUAAGAUGCUGCAGACCAGCCUGAUCUUCAGAAAAUCUACAAGCCCUUGUAAGACAUCUCAAAUUUGAACUGCAAAAUUAAAGUUGUAGCUGCCUGUAAAAGGAGAGAGUUUGUUAAGUUAAGCUAGAGGAUAUAGGGAUAGUCUUCAUCAAAGUUCUGAGAUUCCUCUGAAGCUGUCCUGGAAUGGAGCAUGUGAUGAUACGACCUGGAUGGUGCAAUGUGUUGUAUCAGUAACAGUUUGCCUAAACUGCCUGAAUCCUUUCUGACUGUGCCUCUUUGGAGUAAUGGGUCUCUCCUUGAUGCAGACAGGUGAAAUCACUUCACCAUGUCACCAUAUGCUCCCUAAAUAUACAGCCACCCAUAAAACAUACUUACACAGGCUUGUAUGUGUGUAGUUGGGUAGUCUGUGGGACGACAAGACAUCAAAGAGCUGAUUUUGGAUGAGCAGGUGAGAAGAAUGGUUCAGAUGGGAAUUUCAGUGAAGUUCCAUGGAGGGAUAUCGCGUUGUGUGACUGUUGUGCUGUAGCUGUUAGAGAGGAGAUUCAAGUGGGGAAAGGAUACAGCCUGACUCCCAGAAUUUCUGAUGAGUCACAGAAGGUACAAAUUAUUUCAUGGCUUGGGAAUGUACAGAGGCAUUGAGAAGCGAGCCCAGAGUCAGCCUUCUCAGAAAGUUUUCUAGAAAGGCUGAUGAGCUGUUUCUGAAAGUACAGAGUGAAGCAGGAGUGAAAGUCCCACGUGAGGAGAGGGGGUGUAUGAGCCAUACGUACCUGGGCCUUUGCAGCCAGCAAAGGACGUCAGCUCCAGAGUCCUUACUGACUGUCAUCUUGAGUGGCAUUUCUCCAAAGAGGGCAGCCUGGGGUGGAUCUCAGAAGGUGAGGAGGGAAGAGAGAGCAUGUUGCUCACUGCCUUUGCCAGGUUCCCCUUCCUGUGCCUGUGACAGUCACGGAAAUGCGAGGGGGACAAAGCUUUCCAGGUUCUUCCCGAGCUGCAGCAGGGCAGCCGCACUGAGCUGAGUGAGCUCUGGCUUGUGCACGUUCUCCAGUUUCCUCUCAGUGAAACGUUCUCUUUUAAGUUUUGGCAGGUUUUCUUUUUGUAGUUGGAAGCUGUUUUUCCACAGGUUUUCUCUGUGAUUCCCUUUUGUGUGUUGCAACCAGUUGUGUGCAAGUUUUCAGUCCCAACUAAGUGCAAAAUCUACCUUUUUGCUUCGCUGACUCUUCCCCUUCCCUGGCAAUGCAAAUAUGAGCAUUGCCUCAGUAGUUUGUAUCUCCCACAUCUCUCUGUGCUUAUGGUACCGGGUCUUCCCACAGGAAGUGUCUGGCAGGGCCAGCUGUGUGCAAAGCUGUGCCUUGGGUAUCUGAUAAAAGGCAGAGUCUAUGUGGGAUGAGAUUAUGCAUUUUCCUGUCAGAAGAGGGCUUUUCCCUAAAAAGACUCAGGGCACUGAGCAUUAAGACAUUUUCAAACCCAGCAAUAACUUCUACUAUGCUAGACUAUACUGGUUUUUACCAACUCUAGUGCCAUUUCAACUCACCAGUACGGUGUAGAAUCAAGCUUAUAACUGACCUGCAAUUAACACUUUCCUCAACUGGUGGUCUGUCUUUGUGUUUUUUUGACUUGCACGUGUGCCAAGUUCCACUGGGCAGUGCUGGACACAAUGUUUUUGUGGAUUUUAGGUCCAGGCUUGAGUUUGUCAUGUGAGAUAAUCACCUCUAACAGUCAAGUACUUUUAGCUUUCCGUGUUGGGUACAGAUGUUACACCGUGAUCUAAUUUAUACAAAGAGCACACUAGAAUGUACAUACUGGGCAUUGCCAAAUUGGACAUGCUAAUAUUUAAAGAUUAACAUUAUUAAAAUGGA